AUGGACGCACUUAUGAGUGGGAUGAGUGGUGGGAUGGAUAUGGGUUCGAAUAUGAUGUUCAGACCUUAUAAUCAGAAGUUGGCGUUGGGAUAUUGGUAUAUUAUUGCCGGACUUCGGAGAAGCAAAAUAGUUUCUCUAAAAUAUCCCACCAAACCGAGUAACCGAAUCCAAGAGAUAUACGCAACAGCUACAGCCAUUUUUCGAGAAUCAUCAUAUCCUCAAAUUCAUAUUUCAACUCCUUAUCUCUCAUGGUUAUCUCCUCCCUCGUCAGGCCGCACUAUUCUUCUUCUUUGCUACUGGGCAAUCUUGAUCUUCAUGAUGACAUACGACGUCACAAUAAAAGAUGCCUACUACUAUGAACGCAUUGGAUUUCGGGGCGCUUGGAUCUCAGUUACGCAAGUUCCGCUUAUCUACUUACUUUCUUCCAAGUCGAACAUUAUUGGAGCCUUGAUUGGAAGUUCUCAUGAAAGAUUGAACUGGUUUCAUCGUUGGGUUUCGAGGACCUUACUCCUCACUGUCACGGUUCAUGGUGCCUUUUUCUUUCAGGAAUGGGUCCGAGCAGACUUUGUCUCCUUUGAGCUUAAACUUAUGCCAAUGGUAAAGUAUGGAAUGGGCGCAUGGGGUAUAUUGCUUUGGACCUUCUUAAGCUCCUUGAGUCCUUUGAGAAGGAUGGCUUAUGAAGUCUUCGUGUUGCAACAUAUUGCUUGCGCAGCAGUAUUUUUGUGGCUGUUGUACAUACACGUACCUGAGUAUGCUAGGUAUAACGUAUGGUUUGCUGUGGCGGCCAUGUCAUUUGACUGGGUUUUGAGAGGUAUCCUACUUAUUGUCAGGAAUUUCAGAGUGAAGGUUGUCGGAGCAGCUUGCAGAGGAAUGCAAAGAGUUGGCCAUCAAGCGGAGUUACAGGCUUUGAGUGCUGAUAUAACCAUAAUCAGUAUCAAGGACGCACCAUUCACAUGGAAAGCAGGUCAACAUAUGUAUCUGUGGCUUCCGAGGCUCGGUCCACUUGAGACUCAUCCCUUUACUAUCGCGAGUCCAUAUCAGACGUCGAAUAAGUGUCAUUGUAAUGAGAUCCAACUUGCGAUCCGGGCUCAGAAGGGAUUCUCGAGAAGAAUACACAAUUAUGCAUCGAAAAUGCAGAGCCUUGACAAGACUGCUAUUUUGACCGCAUUUGUUUCUGGCCCCUACGGUGUACCUCCAAACUGGAGCUCUUAUGAGACUAUUCUUCUGAUUUCCGCUUCCACUGGUGCAUCUUACACUCUCCCCAUCCUCGAAUCCAUCCUCCAUAAUCCCACACCAACAUGUGUGCAGCGGAUUCAGUUCCUUCUUGUGCGCGCUUCUCUUGCGGACAAGAAGGGUAUUCAAUUAAUUGUGAAAAUUGCCGUCACUGGCAACGAUGGAGCAUCAAUGACUAGCUCAAAAGCCGAAGAAGGAAGAGCAGGAUAUCAAUCAACUCAUCAUCAGAGGCAGGAGGAUGCUGCUGCAAUCCGCGAUCCAGUGGGACGACAAACGACGACGAAAUCUCCAUACGAAGUUCAAACGCAAUCAUAUAACGAUGAAAAGAAUUCAGAUAAAACAGAAUCCCUCAUCACCACUCAACAAAUAUCGCGCGUCUCUGGAGAUUCUCCUCAACCUGGGGGUGGUUGUUGCUGUGCCAAAAAACCGGAGGCAAAAUCAAGCGAGAAAUCACGGAGGGGAGUGAGAGAUAUAAUAUAUUUGAAUGGAAGACCAGAUAUUAGUCAAUUUAUCAGAGGGCCAAUAGAAAUCACGGGAGGAGAAACUGCCAUAACAGUCUGUUGUGGAAAGGGUUUGGUGGCUAAGGUUAGGAAUUCAACAGCCAAGUUGAGUGAUGAGAGAGCGGUGCAUAAAGGAACGGGGGCGAAUGGAAUUUUCUUGCAUGUGGAAGAGUAUUGUUUUUGA